GACCGGCGCAAAUUUGUGAAGGGAAGUGCUGUGACGAAGGAGGAUUUCAGUUGCCAAUGUUCCGACGCCGCCGAUGAUGGCUUCAGCCGUCCGGCGAAAGCCAUGUGCAUCUUCUGCGAAAAGGCCAAAGGCGAACUGGAUGGCAAUUUAACGGCCGCACAAAAGCGAGAGAUCGAGUCCUGCGUCGACCUACAGGAGCGGCGCAUUCGGGCCACCAUCCUCACGGGCUUCCUCGGGGCCGGGAAGACGACCUUCCUGAACUUCGUGCUGAAAAGCCUCGGGCAUGGGCGGCGCAUUGCAGUUGUUCAGAACGAGUUCGGCAAGGUCCCAAUCGAUGACCAACUCAUGCUGUCCGUCGCUCAAGUCAUUGACAGUUGA